AUGUCAUCCAUACGUGUCAGAAUUGAGAUUCUGGAACGUGCAUUUGAUGAGUGCGGGUCCCUUCUUGAAAAUACAAGGCAGCUAUGGAAAAGAAGUAUGAUGAGUGUUAUUUCUUGGCUCCGUCCGGAAGUUAUGACCUCGGAAUUUAGAUAUGGAUAUGAUACUGUAGGAAAUAUGGAUAUUGAAACACCUCUUGUCGCUGAUGAUGAAUCUUCUGCUUCAAUAAAACAAAUUAGGUUUGAGGUUUCCAGCUUUUAUGAAGCUAUUAAGCCGUCAACGGAGGAGCCAAUGCUGGAAGAUCACCUUCCUGACUUGCUUCCUGAACUGCGGCCUUACCAACGUCGAGCGGCGUAUUGGAUGAUAAAACGAGAGAGAUGUGAUUUUGAACAUUUAGAUGGAAUUGAGACAAGUUGGGCUGUGGCUCCUUUAUGUGUGCCUCUAAAUCUGAUCAACACCUCCGGGAGAAUUUAUUACAACCCUUUUAGUGGGAACAUUUCACUGCAUGCUGCUCAUUGUUCCUCGUAUGUUCCUGGUGGAAUUCUAGCUGAUGAGAUGGGCCUGGGGAAAACUAUUGAACUGCUAUGCUGUGUUUUUGCUCAUCGGAUGCCAUCGUCUGAAGUUGCUAGUGGUUUUGAGGCAAUGGAAGUCGAGAGGACUCAAAAAGUUAAUUUGAAAAGACUGAAAAGGGAGCGGGUUGAGUGCAUAUGUGGAGCUGUAACUGAUAGCUAUAGAUAUGGAGGUCUGUGGGUGCAGUGUGAUUUUUGUGACGCUUGGCAACAUGCAGAUUGUGUUGGGUAUUCUCUGGAAAGAAAGACUCCUAAAUUGGGAGGAGAGACAUGUGAGGAGCACUCAGUUGGAAACUCACGGAAGAAUAAAAGAAGAAAGACUGAUAGUGAAGUGAUUGAGAUGAAUGAUGACUAUAUAUGUCAGACAUGCUCAGAGCUGUUUCAGGCAACAGAAUCUCCAAUUGCUGCCGGUGGAACUCUUAUUGUUUGUCCAACUCCCAUAUUGCUCCAGUGGCAUGCUGAAAUUCUUCGCCAUACAAGACCUGGCUCUUUAAGAAUAUGUGUCUAUGAAGGAGUUCGACAGACUUCCUUCUCCGAUGAACCCGUCAUUGAUAUCGAAGAACUUCUAAAGGCUGAUAUUGUCUUGACAACUUAUGACGUGCUUAAAGAGGAUUUGCCGCAUGAUUCUGAAAGAUAUGAAGGGGAUCGGCGCUUUAUGAGAUAUCGGAAAAGAUACCCAGUUGUUCCAACUCUUCUAACCAGAAUCAUUUGGUGGAGAAUAUGUUUGGAUGAAGCUCAAAUGGUGGAGGGUAAUGCUGCUGCUGCAACAGAAUUGGCACUACGUCUACAUGCAAAACAUCGCUGGUGUAUAACAGGGACUCCCAUACAACGGAAACUUGACGACCUUUAUGGGCUUCUGAGAUUUCUUCAAGCAAGCCCGUUCAAUGUCCUCCGUUGGUGGAUUGACGUUAUUUCUAAUCCAUAUGAGAGGGGAGAUGUACGAGCUAUGACUUUCACGCAUAACUUCUUUAAGAAAAUUAUGUGGCGCUCCUCGAAGGCUCAUGUUUCGGAUGAACUGCAACUUCCUCCCCAGGAAGAAGGUGUUUCUUGGCUCACUCUGUCACCCAUUGAACAGCACUUCUACCAGAGACAACAUGAGACUUGUGUGGAUGAUGCUCGAGAAGUAGUUGAAAACUUUAAAAAAGCAGAUUCCGUGUCCGAUAUCUCAUUUGAUCCUUAUGUCACCAAUGUGGAUGCUGCAAAGCUGUUUAACUCCCUCUUAAAGCUUCGCCAAGCGUGCUGCCAUCCUCAAGUGGGAAGUUCUGGAUUACGUACUUUGCAGAAGUCUCCCAUGACCAUGGAGGAGAUAUUAUCGGUUCUUAUUGGAAAGACCAAGGUAGAAGGCGAGGAUGCCCUUAGAAAAUUAGUCGUCGCGUUAAAUGGACUUGCGGGCAUAGCCAUAAUCAAGCAAGAUUUUUCUCAAGCGGUAUCUUUGUACAAGGAGGCACUUGAUUUGGCUGAAGGGCACUCGGGCGAUUUCAGAUUGGAUCCUCUGUUGAACAUUCACAUUCAUCAUAAUCUUGCUGAAGCACUACCACUCAGCGACAAUAUCUUGCCACAGGAAUCUAUUUCCAGAAUUGAGAAAUUAAUAUCUGGGACUUGUGACGAAAAGGAUAAUCAUGCUGCCAAGGGUGAUUCACCUACUUCUUCAUCAUGCUUGUUGAGCAAUGGUGAUUCAAGUUGCAAUGUUCAGCAGCAUGUGUCGACUUGUGUUCAAUGCUUACAACGGGCAUGUGAAGAGCUAAAACACAAGUUCUUGUCUAUAUUUACAUCAAAGCUAUUCGCUGCUCAGGCGGAGUUCAGGAGAAUUUAUGAACAGGUUCAUGAUUAUUUGACAGAAAGGGAAAAUCAGAGCGCAACUUGGUGGUUAGAUGCCCUGCAUCACAUUGAGCAAGACAAUGAUUCAUCUAAUGCCCUGAUACAGAAAAUAGGAGAAUCUCUUUCUAGCAACUUGGACAAGAGAUCUAGAAUUCCUUCCUGGUUAGUGAUGGCUGCUUUCUGCUUUCAAACCGAGGCACAAGCUGUCGGCAGGGUACACCGAAUAGGGCAGGAGCAUAAAACUCUCGUUCACCGUUUUAUAGUGAAGGAUACCGUUGAGGAAAGCAUAUAUAAACUGAACAAAAGCCGGAACACAAGCUCGUUUAUCAGCGGGAACAGAAAGAACCAAGACCAGCCUUGCCUUACUCUAAAAGAUGUCGAGUCCCUAUUCCGAGUUGCGCCAGCUGGCUGUACGGAAAAUCAGACGAGUGUUAACCGGAGAGGUUUGAGGGAUCUUCCAGCUUCUGUAGCGGCUGCCAUUGCUGCUGAAAGAAGAUUAAUGGGGAUUGAUGGUAGCAAUGCCAUUGAUGAAGAUGCGGAGCGAAAUUAA